GUGGUGUCCGGGCGCUGCAGUGAUAUUUGUGGCCGCCCAACACGAUAUCUCUCCUCUGCAUACAGAUUUAAUUCGGCCUGCAUCACGAUUUACAAGAUAAAGAUUGUCGUAAUUCUUGUUAUAAGAAUUGUUAAAAUCCGUCACAUCUGGCAAAAUUACAUUUUUUCUUCAGGUAAAUCGGUCCAGCUAACGACGUUAGUUAGCAGGUGGGUAACGUUAGUAUGAUUUUCGGGCAUCGCAGUCGGGGUGCCGUACCAAUGAAGGCAUCGAUCUGACGUUUUGUCCAGUGACAAAGAUAGCUAGCAACCACUAAUUUCGUACUCUCAAGAAACUCACAUUUAAGGCAGAUAUUCUUGCAUAUAAUGCUAAAAGACACGUUUUGCAUUUUUUGUCUGAGCAUCGCGGAUGUCGGCAUUGCUUAGUUAAGUCGUGUAAUAUCGUCAGCUGGCCGGUUAGCUGGCUAACGUUGGUACCCUGAACUUUUUGUGCGGAUAACUUUGCCUGAUGCUGCUUCGUCUGAAGAUGACCUGCCAUCUUGCAUGCUAAUGAACCAACAUCUACUGCAGAUCGUUACAUUUCCAUUCGACUUAAUCUGGGACCCUCUGGAUCUCUCAUCUGGCCUAACUUGGAAUCCCCGGAUUCGAUUUACACAAUCUUUCUACCUAGCUAGGUUAGGUGGCUAGGAGAAAUCUGCUAAUCCACACACUCCUUUCUUUAGCUAGGUUUUAUUUAGCGAAUCAUCCGUAUUUUUGCCAGUACUGACGGUACCGAUGAGCCUCCUUUUAACGUCAGGACACUGCUGCCUGGUAACGUUAGCUUGCUAGCUAUAUAACUAGCUAGCUGCAUUUAGUUGCUACGGUUUGCAUCUUGGCACACGGCGUCUUUUAAUAGGAAAUUAGGCGCAUACUCACUGAUUUAAACGUGACACGCGAACUUCAUCGGCUAUUUAACAUUGCAAACUAGCUAGUUAACAAAUUAUGACUUGACUAGCCGGAAUCACCAGCCUUGCUGUGCUAGGUGGCUAGCCAGGUAUUUGGAGCACAGCUGCUAGCUAGUCAGCCAGCUAAAAGUUGAUCUGCCAGUGGACUUCGGACAGAUUGUUCCGAACAACACCGAUGUCACAUUUGAUUGAAUUUUGAGAGCAGUGAACUCAUUCCAAAUUUGAAAGCUUAAAAUGUCAACGCGGACACCGAUGCUACCGGUAAUAGAACAUCCAACUAGCCAGGCUCACUCCGACUUGAAGGCUGGGGGACGCUCCAACAUGGCCCGUGGCCGGAACUCGCUGGCCACCGCAGCCGACGAGCAGCCACACAUUGGGAAUUACCGGCUGCUGAAAACCAUUGGAAAGGGCAAUUUUGCCAAGGUCAAACUGGCCCGGCACGUUCUUACUGGGAAAGAGGUGGCUGUGAAAAUCAUAGAUAAAACUCAGCUCAACUCCUCCAGUCUUCAAAAGCUAUUUCGGGAAGUGAGGAUCAUGAAGCUGUUGAAUCACCCAAAUAUUGUGAAAUUAUUUGAAGUGAUAGAAACAGAGAAGACCCUGUACCUGGUUAUGGAGUAUGCCAGCGGAGGAGAAGUAUUUGAUUACCUCGUUGCCCAUGGCAGAAUGAAAGAGAAAGAAGCCAGAGCUAAAUUCAGACAGAUUGUGUCAGCAGUGCAAUACUGUCACCAGAAGUGCAUCGUUCAUCGAGAUCUUAAGGCUGAGAACUUGCUCCUGGAUGCAGACAUGAACAUAAAGAUCGCAGACUUCGGCUUCAGUAAUGAGUUUACUCUGGGCAACAAGCUGGAUACGUUCUGCGGAAGCCCACCCUAUGCCGCGCCCGAGCUCUUCCAGGGCAAGAAAUAUGACGGGCCCGAGGUGGACGUGUGGAGUCUAGGGGUCAUCCUGUAUACGCUGGUCAGCGGCUCGCUUCCAUUUGAUGGACAGAACCUAAAGGAGCUGCGUGAACGUGUUCUAAGAGGGAAGUACCGAAUACCCUUUUACAUGUCCACAGACUGUGAGAACUUACUGAAGAAGUUCCUAAUUCUCAACCCAACCAAAAGAGGCAGCCUUGAGCAGCAGAUCAUGAAGGACCGCUGGAUGAACGUGGGCUAUGAAGAGGAGGAGCUGAUGCCCUAUAUUGAGCCCCAGCCUGACUAUAAGGACCCCAAGAGGACAGAUAUUAUGCUGCAGAUGGGAUACUCUCAAGAUGAGAUACAUGAUUCCCUCAUUAACCAGAAGUAUGAUGAAGUCAUGGCAACGUACCUAUUACUGGAUUAUAGGAAUUCAGAGCUGGACGAACUCUCAAUAAAGCCCCGCACCAACGUUGACUUCGCGAACAAUGCCCAAUCGCCUGCUCACAAGGUCCAGCGCAGUACCUCCAGUCAAAAACCCCGCAGGACCACAGACCAAAGUUCAUCUGCCUCAUCCAAGCGAUCUCAAGGGGACAGCAAGCACAUGGGCGAAGACUACGGGAGAAAAAGCUCUGGCAGCUCAGCUAAAGUUCCCCCCAGCCCGAUGGCCCCAGGCGACCGCAAGAAAACCCCCACUCCUUCCACCAACAGCAUACUGUCUACUGGUACAAGUCGUGGAAGAAGCUCCCCAGUUCCUGAGAGAACCACUCUUGGUGUGCAGAAUGGCAAAGACAGCACCGGCCCACAAAGAGUGCCAGGGGUCUCUCCCUCAACACAGAACAUAAGCAGCUCCACGGUAACAGACCGCACCAACUUCCCCAGAGGGGUGGCAACCAGAAGCACUUUCCAUGCGGGCCAGCAAAGGGCCACAAGAGACCAGCAUGCCUCAGCUUACAAUGGGCCACCAGCCUCCCCCUCUCUCUCUCAUGGCAACAGCCAGGUUCGGCGCCCUGGUACAGGCAUCUUCAGCAAAUUUACCUCCAAAUUUGUACGCAGAAAUCUCUCAUUCAGAUUCCCCAGAAGGAGUCCAUAUGAGGGAGAGGGUCGAGAUGAGGCCAGCAGACCCAUGUUGAGCACUACAGACAAGAUGGAGAAAGGUACCCAGGGUUCGGCGGGUGAUGAGAACAGGGACUCUGUGUCUUCCUCCUCCCCUGUGUCCAGCACACCUUCAUCCACUCAGUCCACGAAGGACACCAAGCCACGCUCAUUGCGUUUUACCUGGAGCAUGAAGACCACCUCAUCCAUGGAGCCCAACGAGAUGAUGAAAGAGAUCCGUAAAGUGCUGGACUCCAACAGCUGUGAGUACGAGCUGCGCGAGCGCUUCAUGCUCCUGUGCAUGUCGGGGACCCCAUCGCGCGACGACUUUGUCCAGUGGGAGAUGGAGGUAUGCAAGUUGCCCCGGCUCUCCCUCAAUGGGGUGCGCUUCAAAAGGAUCUCGGGCACAUCCAUUGCCUUCAAGAACAUCGCCUCCAAGAUCGCAAAUGAGCUAAAGCUGUGAUCAUAUUUAGUUGAUCCAUAAAAGAGGACGAAAUCAAACUGCGGAUGACAUUGGGGCCUGCAGCUCAGAGGUAGGAUGUAAAGAGACUGGACCUUGUGUGACGCAGCGGACAGAGUGGCAACCUCAGAGAUGGAAGCAACGCAGAGGUUAAAGACUAUAAAUGCCAGCGCUGGGACAGGUUGGUGGGGGAGGCUUGUGUGUAUAGACAUUUUAAGGGCCGCCUUUAUUUUUGGUGGAAGGUGUUUUUCUUGGUUUAUGUUUUCUGUCCCCACAUCAUCCCCCACCUACUUUCUGUUGUCAUCUAUUAUUUGUGGUGAUUUUGUUUGUUGUUGUUUUGUUGUUUUGUAGUUUUUCAUGAUCCUCAGUCAUUUUGUUAUAUUGAUGGAGGAAGGCAGUUGAUGUAAUUAACGAACUGAAAACUGUUUGCUGACGGUUCUUAUUCUACAAACUCAAACCAGCUACUGUCUCAACACGCUGUAAUCCCCACCCCUUCCCCCUGUUACUUGAUUCUCUUCUUUUUAGUUCCAGGUCGAUGAACAGAGAGAUUGGUGGUUUGACACUCUGAAUGUACAACACAAUUAGUGAUGGGUAUCGGAGAUGCAAGUGCUACACACAUUCAAUGGAGCCAUAGUCGAAUUUAACUUCGCUCAUCAUGCUCAGAAUGGUUCUAAUUCUCUACCCCACAGUAAAGCCUACAUCACAGCAAUGUGUCGUAUCUGAGCUGAAAUGAAAGUGCAGACUUGAACCCUCAGUGCUCUGAAGGUGAAUUACCUCUCUGCACUCUAAGCCCAGACAGUUAGUUUUUCUUUUCCUGCUGCAGGGGUUAUAUAUCAGAAACUAAUUAAGGGCCAGUUAAAUAAUUUUUGGUGGAUUGUAGUGUAAUUAAGAGUCGCUGGUUGGUUUCAAUGUGCUGCACUGGACUAAGUCUGUGUUUUUGUUGCCUUUCUCUGGAGAAGAUAAUAUUAUAAGAAUAAAAAAGUUGGAUGAUU